UCUUCCCACGAACACUUCGUAGUUGCCAACGUUCAAGUACAAACUCUAUCUUUCACGUAAAUUAACGACGACCCUAUACUAUAAGUUUUAAUAAUACCUAAACAAAUACACCGUUGCGACCUCUUAAUGAGCGGGUAAAAAUUGUGUGUCCAUUACUGCGUGCGCAGCGCCAGGGACCGAGAUCAUGUUGUGUUAACCGUUACCGUGUGCUCGUUUCAUCCGACGACUGGUUCGCGGGAGCCCGGUAAAAGCGGCGCGGGCGCCCGCCGCGCGCAGUCUCCGCCGGGACACCGCACCACACGCGCGAUGCUGCACACACUGGCCUUCGCGACCUUGCUGGCGGCCGCCGCCGCCGCGCCCGCCACCUACGACCAGCGGCAGGACGGCGACUUCAACGUCCGCGCCGACGUCCAGAAUGUCGUCCUCGUCAUCGCCUACCCGGACAAGAUGAAACUGCCGAUCACCGAUAUAUUCGGCGGCGGCCUGAAAACCAAUAAGCAGGAUGAGUUCCAGGAGCGCGCGGACGUUAGGGUGAUGGAGGCGUUCGUGGAGCCUAGCACACCGUACAGGGUGGAUAUCGGGUCGGACAGCGAGCGGUUCGCGGACACCGACGGUCGGAACGUCGUCGUCGAGAUCGCCGGCCGACGAAGGUUUGAAGCCGAGCCGCAGGAGGCCGAGAGCGACAAAGAGGAAUACAAACUUCUGGGAGCUCAGGAGCAGUGCGGACCAGACCGGGAGCGCGACCCCGUGACGCUGGUGUGCCGAGCGAUAGCGCCCGCGGCCCCGAAGCCCGAGGCGCCUCAGCCCGAGCUGCCGCAGCCCGAGCCGGCCGCGCAGCCCGAAGCACCGGCAUCUCCUACCGAGCCCGCAGUCGUGCUCAUCUCCUCAUAAAUCGAUCUCGCCAUAAACCCGUACUGUUAAGUUAUUUAUUGCCUAUUUUAAGCUAUCUAAGUUUGUGACUUUUGAAGUAAAAUAUUUUUACUGAA